UUAAAUAUUAAUUUAGUUGGGGAGUGGGAAUCGUGGGUGGAUAAAGAGAAAAAGGAGUAGCAGCCACGGCGUGCGGAGGGUAAUGGCCACCAUUCAAUCUCUACAGCCAACCAAUCCUCACUUUGUUUCUUUUAACGCUCACCACCGCUCUCCUUCUCCCACUUUCCUCACGUGGGGAUGGAGAAAGGAGCAAGACACAAGCAUAGUUGCCAACAGAACCCGAGGUCAAGCAUUUCGAGUCCUGGUAGCUUCAGGAAAGGAAGGAUCAAAGGAUGAUGUAGUCAUGGUUGAUCCUGUGGAAGCCAAACGAUUGGCUGCCAAGCAAAUGGAAAGAAUUAAAGCAAAAGAGAAACUCAAGAUAAGACGCCAAAUUGAGGCAAUUAACGGAGCAUGGGCAAUGAUUGGUCUCACGGCUGGCCUAGUUAUUGAAGGUCAAACUGGAAAAAGCAUUCUGACUCAGGAGACUAAUUCAGCUCAUAGAUGGUUGCCAGUCUUACUGAUACCAUGGACUCAACUCACUUGACUGGUCUAAUUAAAAUAAAACAAGUCAGGUGCAUGCAGUUUUAGCUGUCAGUUGGUGACCCCAUCACUACCAAAACUCCAUAAGUGCGUUUCAGUAGAGACUGCCUAUAAUGAAGAUAUUAGAAUCAAUCACCUAUUCUUCGUGCUUCACAAAAAGAGUAUAAAAUGGUGCAUGUGAUGUUCUGAAUUUUCAGUUUUGAACAAGGUAUUGCAAAAGAAUGAAAGGAUAUAGUCUUAAUAUGUUAUAUGAUUGUCUAUCUAUAUGUUAGAUUUUUUUUUUGGAGCUAGUAUAUGACUUGUCAGUUAUAGAUCCUGGCAGAAACCAUACUAUGCUAGUGCAACAGUGCAGUUUUUUCUUCAACAGUGCGUUAACAAGGACUUUU